AUGGGUGAUUUAAUCCCACACCCUUAUACGAUCAUUCGCGGAGCUUUAAAUUGUAAUGAUUUUUCUCCUGACACUAUUCGAGAUAAUUAUGAUCGUGCUAAGAGGGACUAUGAUAAGUCUUUUACCCUAAAAGACAUCUACAACCUUAUUCCAAAAAGAAGGAGAAACAACGAUGAUGAUGUUAAUGAGGUUAACUUAUUAAUUAAUAAUAAUAAUAAUAAUGACGACAAUGUGGAUAGAAUUAGUGAUUUGCCUGAUGAUAUAUUGUUGCACUUGUUAUCUUUUGUGGACAUGAAAUCAGCAGGAAGAACUAGCCUCGUUUCCAAAAGGUGGAGAUAUGUUUGGACUUACUUAGCUCAUCUUGAUUUCGAACACCCGGAUUUUGUCUUGAUCCGCCACUAUACUGAACGGUAUUACGAUGAUUAUAAGAGUAAUAAAUAUUGUAAAUGGGUUAAUCAGGUUAUGAAUGGGAAUCGAGCCUCAUAUGUGAGAACAUUCAGAAUUCAUUUUCCUCUUUAUGGAUCGUAUAUUGCUGAUAUUGAUAAGUGGAUAGCUAUGGCCUUGAGCAAGAAUGUAUGCAAAUUCGAGUUGAACUGGUCAACUGAUAGGGGCUUCCCUAUUUCUAGAGCAAAGAAUACUUACAUAAUUCGACAGGAUGUUCUCUCCAAUAAUAAUGGAAUUACUACCCUCAAAACUAUUCACUUGGAAGCAUUAGUAGUCGAGGGAGAUGUGGUUGAACAUGUUUUGUCAAACUGUCUUAAUCUUGAUCGUCUAAACGUCAAGAAUUGUAUAUUUUACUUGUGUGGAUCAAUUUCAGCUCCAAAUCUUACUUGGUUUAAAUUCAUGGGUGCUAAAACAAACAUACAAUAUACUAGUGUUCCGGCACUUGUAAAUGUAACCUUUGAGGGUGGAUAUUGGUAUCACAACCGCAAAUUGAACGUCUUUUCAAACUUUUCUAAUCAACUUGAGCAACUCUCUCUUUCCUGGUCUCUAAAGGAAACAUCUCUUCCAACGAAUUUUCCGAGUUUUCCUAAUGUUAAGCAAUUGGAGAUAUAUGUUAUGCUUUCAGACGAUGGAAAAGACAACCUUCUUGCUUUGGUCCCUUUCAUUAAGGCAUGCCCGAUGCUGCACACCUUAAAGUUGAAGCUUUUUCCAAUUGAAACAAUACGUAAUCCAUCAAGAUCAUCGGCGAUGUCAGUACCAAAUGAUGUUCAAAUUGCAACAAUACGUACCCAUAAGCACCUUUCUGUUGUAGAGUUUGCUCGUUUUUCAGGAACUGAAUCAGAGGCGAAUCUAGCACUUUUUCUGGCCGAGCAUGCUCCCAUGCUUAACAAGUUCAUUUUUGAUCCUUAUCAACCCCAAACGGGUGGAUUUACACACAUGUAUGUGGACUUUGCAAAUUUUGUAUUUAAAAAUAUCAGCUUUUGGAGAAGACAAGCAGAGGUACUUGCAAAGCGAAUUCGAGAAGGUGUGGAUGUGAUAUAUGUUUACACUUGUAAAUUCUCAUCUUCCUCAGCUGAUGCAUAUCAGAUUGAUAAUAGCAAUCCUGGUCAACAGUAG